UACGCGCACACAACAAGAUGGCGAGGGUUUUGUACGCGAAUUAGGUGGCAAAAAAGGCAAUAAAAGUGCAAAAUAAUCGUUUAAAAAUACAUAAAAGUGUCGAGCGGCCGCAAUAACAAGCUGGGCGCAUAUUGCUCGCGUUUUGUAUAUGCGGCAGCCUCUGGUAGAGAGUUGCGAAAGUUGCUGCGCUGUCUGGCCUUGUUGUAGUUGUUUUUGCUUCUGAUUUAUUAUUGUGUGCGUACGUGCGUGUGCCUAUAUCGGUGUCCCUGCUCCUGACCCGCUGCCUUAAAAUGAAUAACAAUUAUGGCAAUAUUAUGAUGGAUUCACCCAGAUCCUCACCACACGGUGGACGUUCGCCUGUGGUGGCGCGCCAGGACUCAUCAGGGACCCUUAAGACAACAAUAUCGCUGGGCAAGACGCCUACGAUUAUACACACGGGCCCCUUCUAUUCAAUGAAAGAGCCACCCGCCAAGGCGGACCUCACAGGUGAUAAGGAUCUCAUGACAGAACAUGGCCUGCAUCACACACUUACAAAAUUCAAGGAAAAAAAGUUCAAAGAGUCGCUGGCGUCCUUUCUGCCCAACAUACCCGGCAUCAAUGACCUCACCUUGCACCCCGUCGAGAACAGUACGUUGCGCAGCGUCAUCGAGAAGCCCCCCAUUGGCGGCAAGGAACUGCUGCCACUAACCGCCAUGCAACUGGUUGGCUUUCGUUUGCAUCCAGGACCGCUGCCGGAACAGUAUCGCACUACAUAUGCAACACCUGCGCGAAAACACAAAAACAAGCAUAAAAAGCACAAACACAAAGAUGGCAUUACACCUGGGGGUACGGAAUCGACGUUGCUGGAUUCGGCUGGCCUAGAGACCUACGAAAAGAAGCACAAAAAACAGAAACGUCACGAGGAUGAUAAAGAGCGAAAGAAACGCAAAAAGGAGAAAAAGCGCAAAAAGAAGAAUCAAAGUCCAGAGCCCGGGACUGCGCUUGGUGGCAGUACUGCUGUUGGAGGCAUGGGCGGGCCAGUUAUGGGUGCCACGCCUAUGUCGACGGGCAGCGUUGGCGUCAGUGCCAGCCUGAAUUCAGGCAUGGGCAUGAACAGUUUUCCCGCAUCUAUGCAAAUGCAACAACAGCUGCCAAUGCAGCAGCAACAACAAAUGCCAAGUGGAGCGCUACUGGGCUCCGUAUUGGGGACCAGCGGCAGUGGUGCUGGCAGUGGAACUGGCGGCCCAGGCAGCUUAUUGAUGUCACAGUUUUAGGCGAAAUCCAUUAGUUAAUAGACUUGUCUCAUUACCUCUCUCACACAUACACACGCUCUCAGUUCCAUAGCCCACACAUACACAAACAAAAAAAAAAACAAUCAAGGUGUCCAAAAGGAACACUCUAAAUGCAAUUUCUCGAUAAAUUUUCAUGUCUAGUGCUUAAUUAAUAAUUAUGAUUAAUGUAAAAUAAUUUAAACUAUAAUUAGCAAACUUUUCGUUCGUUUAUACAUUGCUAGCUUAAUGAGAUUUAUUUAAUGCAAAUUAUGGUACAAAUCCCAACAUUUUUCGACCUAAAUUCCAGCACGCCUACCCUAACUUUUACGCCUAAUAACAUCCAUACAUUUGUUUGUACAUCUAUAGUAGUUAUGAUCAUACAAAAUAAUUUGCUUACAAUCUAGUGUAGCUACAGUAUUUUUCGUUUGCAAUGGUUUGUUCUUCCAGCAUGUAAAAAACUGAAUAUAAGCUGAGAUUCAACAAAACAAAAAAUAUACUAUAAGUUAUUAAAUAUAAAUAUAA